AUGCGUCGUUAUCACGGUAGUGAACUACCUAAAUUUUCCUCGGAGGAAAAAGAGUUGCUAAAAGGUAGUAUUGAUUUUAUUGGAAUUAACCAUUAUUCAGCUAUAUAUGCGAAAGACUGUCUGCAUAGUAGCUGCAGCCAAGAUGCGGAUCGUGCCGUCCGUGGCUUUGUGUAUCUUACCGGAGAGCGAGAUGGGGUUUCUAUUGGGGAACCAACAGCAAUGCCAAGAUUUUAUGUAGUUCCAAGAGGCAUGGAAGAGAUUGUUGACUAUGUUAAGAAGAGAUACCAUAACAAGCCUAUGUUUGUGACUGAAAAUGGUGAGUAA